UUUGAUCACACAAGGUUUUUCUUAAAGCAGCAGGAGAAAGUGAUAUGUGAUCAUUUUAAAGAAGGUACUAAUCAUAACAAGAAUGGACUCUGAGAGAGAAAAAGCUGAUCUCAUUCACACUUUAUCUAGAGUAGAAGGUUUGAAAGCUAUCAAUUUGAAUUAUGAGAAAAAAGGAACCUUCCUAGGUUGCAAAGACAUUGUAAGCAACCUCAGUAGAUAUUCCUGUGUUAUUGUACAAAAUCAGCAAAUUGGAGCUGACUUCCCUUGGGCUCACUUCUCAUUAGUGAUAGAAUAUGAUUAUUCUGAAAAUUCUUGCUGGAAAAAUCGGUGUGAAAAUCUAAAUAUUACUUACAUGACUUUUAAAACCACCCUCCCUGAAACAAGACAAAUGGGGAAUCACUGUGGUUCCUUUCUUCUGGAGGUACAGAUUCCCUAUGUGUUUCUCACAACUGAAGGUCUUCUUAAUAUGCCUGAUUUUCUUCAGCUUUUGGAAUCCAAUUACAGCAUUACCUUUGUUGAAAGAAGCUGCAGUCACUCCUUAAGGCUAUUUGGAGACACAGAUCGAUAUGUUGUGUUGACAAUAGAUGAAUGCACUGCUAUCUUUUUGCAGAGUAUGGAUGAAUUAAAUUACGAGAAAUCCUGUGACAAUGUAAUAUUGAAGCUGACAGCAUUAUCACUCCAAUAUAAGUGCUGCUGGGUUGUUUUCUAUUCCAGAGAAAGACUGAGUUUAGAGUACAGUCUCAGGGGAGAUACACUGCUUAACCUGGUAAUAAUUUAUGCCAUGCUGAUUGAAUUAACACAGAAGUCAGAAGACUUUGAAGUGAAGGUAUUUCUUAUGCCAGGGAUUGAAGAGGCAGCACUGUUAAUUCGUCAGAUUGCUGACAACAUUUUAAUGGCAUCUAGUAUCAGUCCUCCUGAGUGGUUGGACAAAUCCUGGCUUUCUGUUUUGCCUUCUGAGAUGGAGAAAUGCCUGCUUACUUUUCCAUGUAUCAAUCCUCUGGUUGCUCAGUUUAUGUUAAAGAAGGGAUCUUCUUUGAGUAGGCUGUUUCUUGCAAGUUUUGUUCAACUUCAGGAGCUCCUGCCAGAGGUUCCAAAAAAAGUUUUAAAGCAUUUUAGUGACAUGACAUCUUUGUACAGCCUAAAUGCUGCUCCUCCACUAAAAACAGCAGUGAAAGGUGCAUCACCCCCAGAAAACUGGAAUAACAUUAACAAACUCUAUCCAGAUUGUAAGCAAAAGUAUCAGUCGUCAGAGCUGCUGGCUAAGGCACAGACUAGCACAGGACCACCUCAUGUGAAUUCUGAAGCCGUAGUUCCUCCACUGAAUCAUCAUCAGGGUCUUAUUGACUCUGACCUUUCAAGCUAUAUGCAAAAUAAACCAUGUUCUUCAGAAGUAGUUACAGGGAGAAAACAGAACUCCUUUGUUGUGCCAAAGGACUGUGAAGGUUUUACUCAUCCAGGUGCUAUGAAUUCUUUAUUUGUUCAAAGACAGCCUUGCAGGAUUAAAUGCAGCUCUGAUCAUUCCUCAAAAAAAUCUGAAAAAGAGGAUUUCUUUGCAACUUUCAUUGACUGUGUACCUCACAAGAACUCUAAGGGCUUUCUAGAAGAAUUCAGAGAAGCAACACUUCAGAGCCCAGAAACUGUGAUUGACGAGACCCCAUGGAAUGGCUUUUCAUCCACCUGCACAUAUGAGUCAUUUGCACCUAAUUCUUUUCUCUCUGAUUCCCUUGCUGGUCCAGAUGAGCCUCAAAGUCUGCAUUUUCAUCACCUUGGUAGAGAAUCUUCAGGAAAGAGAAAGCAAAGUCCACCAUACUUAUGGACAAAAGGAAAAACAUUAACAGAUUCAGGAUUUGAAGAAGUACCAGGGAUCAAGAAAAGGAGAUUGAUGUAUGAAAGAGUCCCUGGAAGAAGUGAUGGACAAACACGUCUUAAGUUCUUUUGAAUGGAGUGGGGAAUUGUGUACUACACCUGUUGUGUACUACACAAAUUUGUAAACUCUUUGAAGAGAAAUAGAUUAAAUUAAUUUUGUUGUCAUUGUCAUUUUUAGAGAGAAAUUAGGGUUUAGGAAUCUACUAAUUAAGGAUUAUUUUCUAUGUUUUUUUAAGUCUUACUAGACAAACUAGCUCCCUGAACCUGGAGAAUUACUGCUUCUCUGCUUGUUUAUAUAAAUCAUACAAAGGUACUUUAACAUUAUUUAUACAAAAAUUAAGAAUGAAAACAAACAUGCUGAAGAACAUAGAAUUUUCAAGGGACUUAUGUUUGUUUCCUAAACAUGUAGGCUUCCACACUUACAGUUGGACUAGACUUGCCAGAAUCUCAAGACUGCUCAUGAAGUUUUAAAGCUUCCUUGCACAUAAAGCCGGGAUUCUAUAUUUGUCCUUUGGGUUCAUGUUCCACUUUUUUCCUUCUGACAGCUCCUCUGGAGCCAUGUGAUGUUACAAUUUCCUUUGUAGCCUGAGAAUGGCUAUAGUUAUAAACAAACUUCAGUUCUAUGGCCUGCACAUGAAAGGUAUGUUGAAAUUUAUGAUUCUCAUACUUUGAUUCAGAGAACAACUCUGUGGCCCUAGUGCCUGGUGGAGGCCAUUUGUUGGCAUACACAUUUUUCAGUCUGCUACAGCUCAUCUGUGAGUAGGGAGAAGAGAAUCCUCUGUAUUAGAAAUUGUAGGCUACAACCAGAAGGGGUAAAAGAUUCCAAAAAGUCACCUAAUUUUCAAGGUGCAGAAGAGUGAGGGUAAAAAGAGCACCCAGCCCCUUACUUUCCAUCAAAAGAUUUGACAACGAAACUGGAAAUAUGUGUGGGAGCAGUGGAAGAAAGUAUCUCUGUGCUGCUGCAGGAAUGCAUACACGGUUUGUGGAGAAAUGUGUGCCAGCUCCAGAAUGUCAUUGUCUGUUCAGUAGCUCUCAGUUCAAUGAUUCAGUUCUCAAAUUCACUUUUUUGUAUGUUUUAACUCAGUAAAAGAAUAUAUAUAUAUGCAUAUAUAUAUAUAUAUAUACUUGUGGUUUAGGCUUGCAAUAAAAUACUUCCUUGACACAAAGUCUUCAUUAAGUGCAUGCUCACUAUUUGAAUAAAUAUAGCCAGAUCUUAGGGGAGCAGCUUUGACUUAUCAGAGAAAAGGGGAUGCCGGUUGUUAACUGAGAACUAAAAGGUAUGAUGACAGCACUUGGAGCAAUUGUCAUUCAGAGACAUAAUUCCCCAAAUUAUUUGCAUCCAAACUGUUUAGAAGGUCUUAAAAAACAUCUUUCAUGUGUAGCAUAAAGACCUUUCUGUAGAAUUGCAAACAAGCCCAUGUUUCCCUCUUUGCUCAGAAUAAGCGAAAAACUUAAAUAAAAGUUGCGGUUUGCUUACUA